AUGUGCAAAUACAGUAAGUCUUGUGCUGCUAUUACGAUUAGUGAGGGAUGUAGUUAUCAUGAAAUUGUUGAGAAAAUAUACGCGAAGUUCAAGGAGUUGAGUGUUGGUUAUAGUGGUUCUCAUGUUGUUGAUAUUGUUGUGGGUGAUAGGAGAAUUGUGGAGGUUGGUGAUAAUUCUUCUGGGAUUGAUUUUGUACAUUGUGAGAGUUCUUUGGUUGACGAUUGUGAUGAUUUUGGUGUGAAUUAUUUAAAGAACGAUGCAAAAAGAAUAACUGCUGAAUUUAUAAUGAAAUCGUCUACGAGUUGUAAAUGCAAAAUGGUUGGUUUUAGACUUGUGUAUGAUAUUGUGCAUAAUGAUAUCAGUGAUAAUCCGUUGACUCGUUCUAUUGAAGUUAAAAAAAAGUUAAAGAAGCAAUAUGGUAUAGAUGUUUUUUAUCGGGUUGCAUGGUUAAGAGUUGAUAAGGCUGGUGGGUUGUUUGGUGAUUUUGAAACUUCUUUUGACCAACUUCGAUGUUACCUUGAGACGGGUAUGAGAACGAAUCUUGGAAGUGUGUUUGAAUUAGAUGUGGAUGAAAGUAGUGGGUGUUUUCAGAGGUUAUUUGUGGCAUUUCAUGGAUGUUUGUAUAGCUUUCAAUUUUGUCGUUCGUUGUUGUUUGUUGAUGGUACAUUCUUGAAGGGGCGUUACAAGAGGCAUUUGCUUGCAGCAACAUCAAAGGAUGGUAAUCAAGGCCGGAGAUUGACCUUUGUGUCUGACCGUCAACAUGGAUUGCUAGACGUUCUUUCAAUGAAAUUGAGGCAUAUUGCUAGAAAUGGUAGAGUUGAUAGUAUGUUGGAUGGUUUGCAAAAUGAUAAGUGGGCCAAUGCAUUUUUUAGAGGGAAACGAUAUGGUGAGAUGUCAUCUAAUGCUGCCGAGUCUUACAAUAAUUGGAUUGGUGGGGCUCAUGAGUUGCCUAUUACUUGUAUGGUUGAUAUGAUUAGAGUUCAAAUCAUGACUCAAUUGUCUAAUAGAAAAGCUGAAUCUAAAAGAUGGACUACCAAAUUGUGUCCAAUUAUGGAAAAGAAGUUGGUAGACUCUUUGAAGCUAGUUAAGUCUUGGGAUGUGAUUGUUGCUAGUGAUACUGUGCUUGAGGUUCAUUCUUAUAUUUCUUUUUAUGUUGAUAUUGGUAGACAAACUUGUUCUUGCCAUGAAAGGCAAUUGAAUGGUUUUCCUUAUUGUCAUACUAUGCAUGCUUUGUGUAGUAAUGGUCAAGAUGUGUAUGAUUUCAUUGAUUCUUUUUUUCAUGUGGAUUGUUUUAGAGAUUCGUAUAAGGAAUCUGUUUAUCUAGUGCCUUCAUGUGAGAGAUUUGACUUUGAUGGUGUCGGUAUUUCGAUUAUCAAAUCUCCUAUAACGAAGAAGUAG